AUGAGUGCCCAUGUAGGAGAAGUCAGCCUUGACGGAGAGGCGUAUUGUGAUUCCCAUCGGCCGCUGCGCGUGCGCACCAUUGAGAUUUUGUGGCACUUCAAUGAACGCGACGAAGAAGCGGAGCUUCUAGGCUUGCAGAGUAACAUGACGGAAGGCAUUACAAGCAUCGACUACAACCCUCGUUGCCAUCGUCUCGUUACCACAGGCGGCGACGGCAACAUACGCCUGUGGGUUGUGCACGUCAACGCGGUCGACGCUUGGCUUGAGAACAACGCAAACGACAUGCUGGCGUGCUGCCGCCACCUGUGUCGUAUGCGCACCUCUUGGAUGCCGCUCACAGCGCGGUGGUCGCCACAAGGAGAGAUGAUAGCAAGCGCGCACUGUGACGGCAAGGUGUGUCUGUGGUGGCGCGACCCUGCCGGCGGAUCAGCAGCAGCAGCAAAGGAUAAGGACAGCAGUAGCAGUGGUCUACACGGGUCACCAGACAGCUCGGAUGGCGAUGUAGAGGAGUGGAAAGCGUACCGCCACCUGACAGGGCAUAUCAGUGAUGUAUAUGACAUCUGCUUCUCCGCUGACUCCCGCUACCUUCUGAGCGGUGGUGGUGAUGGCAGCAUUGUCAUUCACGAUCUGGAAGGCUCUACGAUGCCGGUGCUGCAGCUCACUGAUCUGCACACGAAGUUUUGCCGCGGUGUCGCAUGGGAUCCGUGGACGCGGUUUCUUCACACAUUUGGUUGUGGGCCGUCGCUGCUGUGCUUCACGCACGUGCCAAGGAACGAAGGCCACCAUCGCCGCAUGCAUCUCGCCGGCCAGCGCAAGUGCCAAGGGAACUACAUUGGCGAGUCGUGUGCCCUGUCCUACCGCCGCUUGUGUUGGUCACCAGACGGCUUACUGCUCGCUGUGCCGUACGGCAAGGUGACGAAGGCUGGUCACCAGCAGGCAACAAGCACAGCGAACCUAUUGGCGUCCAUCGAGGCAAAGGAGAAGGCGGAAGCGGCGCUGCAGAGAGCGAAAGACCAUCCGCAGGAAGCUUCGUUGCCGAAGCACAGGACGGUGGCUGGUGGGAGUAAAAACCUCUACGACGCGCCUGUCAAAGUCACCAGAGAGGACGGCGAUGACGAGCUGGAUGACAUGCACCACUGCGUGUAUGUCUACACUCGAGAGGCACCGGAUAAGAUCGCCUGCCGAAUUGGAGUGCGCGGGUUCAGUGAGGUGCGUGGCGUGCUAUGGGCGCCGUGCUUCCUUGAGCCGCUGCCCACCGACGAGGUGCUGGACAGAUGCCCAGAACGACGCACGGACCUUUCGAGCGCCGCACCCGACGGCGCAACGGCUGAAUCGACGACAACAGCGUCGUCCGAGCGUCCACACAGCACCGGUCCAGCCACAGCAGAGCCUCUGCUGUCGCAGCUGGCGGCACUUGAAGCGGCACGUCAGCGCCGCGGUGCCUGGGGUCCGGCCGAAUACCGCAUGGCGCUUGCGGUGUGGACCUCAGAUGCUGUUAUAGUCUACACCACAGACAGCAGCUCUCGCCACAGCGACUUCACUGAUUUGCACAUGCGCAGCAUCACCGACGUUGCUUGGAGUCACGACGCGUCUCACCUCUACACCGCCUCCCUUGAUGGGUACAUCAGCGUCAUCGCAUUUGGCGAUUCCUUGGCGGUGGCGCAUCGAUUACCGUCCUUCUCGACAUCGCCGGCGGUGCGCUCGCUCUGUGGACUCUUGGAACGCAUUGAGCAAAUCAGCGUCAGCGUUGAGGGCAGCCGCAGCACCGGCACAUCCUCAGUCGGAGCCGCGAGAAGAGGUACCAAGACUAGAGGCGACACCUCCGCCGGAGCAGCAGAAGCGGCUACGACCAGUGUUGCUGUAGUGCGAAAGAAAAAGAAGACGGAAAAGACGUGUAGUGAUGCUGUGGCACCGUCAGUGGCGCUCAAGGCUGUCGAUAUUCAGCAGCUGGAAGCCCUCAUCUCGGACGUGUAA